AAUGCUGCGUAUAUUCUCUGGAGAUAUGAUGAAUUCCAUACGGGGGUUGGCUGCACCAUUGGAAACUCAAUGGCCGAGUCCACAGACUAUGCAACAGAACUUCAGACUUAAAAAAAUGCAGUAUUGACCGAGUCUCACUGAGGCAAAGCUAACUCUCGAACCACAAAGACAAAUUAGGCUCUUUGUUAAUUAAUGACAAUGAAGAAAUUGUUAUCAUAAUCAUCUUCUAAUGCUUUUUGUCAAAAGUAUUUACUCCUUGUCAUUGAGCAUCUCAUCCUUAUCGGUAAACCCGAUUCAGAAGAGACAAAGGGCGACUUGGUCAUUAUGGUUUACAUUUGAUACGGCACUAGUUAGGCAUUUGGGUGAAUCCGCCCAAUGAGACGCGUUAUGUUUAGAAGAUUUUCCCGUUGACGAGAGCGACCGCCUUACCGGCACUUUCUUGUACCAUUCCCCGAAUCUCUUGCUUAUUACUUGCCUAUAAAUUGCUGAAGAUCUUUAAGGUCUGCUUGGUUCUUUAUUCAUUUAAUUACUUGUGUAGUACAUUCUUGAUUAGAAAUUCAUCAAAAAAAAGUACUGGAAUCAAAAUUUGUUGAACUGAUCAUGGCAAAGAAAGGUGGUAUGGCAGUGCUGUUACUGUUCGCCGUGUUUCUAACCCUGGAGUGUGGCUCGGCCAGUGAAGAGAAGCCUGCGGUAUUCAUAUUAGGCGACUCGACUGCUGAUGUCGGGACUAAUAGUUUCUUGCCCGGCAGUAAUGCAAGAGCCAACUUCCCUCCCAAUGGAAUCGACUUCCCGCAUUCGAGAGCCACCGGAAGGUUCUCCAAUGGCUUCAACAGCGCCGAUUUCCUUGCAAAGCUACUGGGGCACAGGCGGAGUCCACCGCCCUUCCUCUCUCUUAACAGUACAAAGGCCCUGAAGCGGCACAGUUUAAACGGCAUAAACUUUGCCUCAGGAGGUUCCGGACUUCUCGACAUAAUGGGGGUAGCAACCAGCCCCUCCGGCACCUAGGAUAAAAAGAUGCGGAACGUGAUCACGUUAGGGGAACAGAUAAAACAGUUCUCAACAGUUCGUGAUACUAUCGCUACCAUUAUGGGUCCUACCGAGACCGAGGAGUUUCUUGCGAAGUCUCUCUUCUUCAUCAGCAUUGGCAGCAACGAUAUUUUCCUUUACUAUUACUCAAACAGUACAGUGCCCAAGCAAGAGUUCAUUGCCACUUUAGGAUCGGCCUAUGAAAAUCAAUUGAAGAAUCUAAUGGGCCUCGGAGCGAGGAAGUUUGGCAUUAUAAGCGUGCCUCCGAUAGGAUGUUGUCCAUCUCAGAGGGUUCGCAGUGGUACAGGGGAGUGUUUGGAGGUCCUAAAUGAACUCGCGGUAGCUUUCCAUUCACAACUCAGAGCCAUGUUGAAGAAACUCAGUUCAGAGCACGAGAGCAUGAAGUACUCGCUCGGGAAUGCAUACAACAUGACCAUCGAUGUUAACGUGAACCCUCUUCCAUUCUUCAAGGAUGUGAAAAGUGCAUGUUGUGGAUCAGGAGCAUUGAAUGCAGAAGGAAUAUGCGAUCCGAACGCACGUCUUUGCUUGAAGCGCCAUGAGUACUUGUUCUGGGAUUUAUACCACCCGACACACACAGCUUCAAAGUUGGCGGCCGUAACUCUCUUCACCGGCGGGCCGAGAUACGUCACUCCAAUGAACUUUUCUCAGUUGGUUAGCGCCUGUUGAUCGCCAAAGAUGCAAUCGCCAUGGACUCUCCAAGACUUUUUUCCCCGUAUUCAUCCACCGUAAAAAAAAAUAGUGCUCAUCAGUUCAUCACUACAGUUGUAUCGCCCGUUCGGGCCAUUGUUCUGUUUCUUGCAUUCAUGCAUAUUAUAGGCACAAAUUGCCGAUCUAUGUUACAAAUUUUGUAUUCUGCUUCACCAGGAAAUGUAUUUUCACCGUGCCGUCUUCAGAAAGAGUUCUUUGUCUAUCUAACGAUCGAUAAGAAAGAAAACCCAAGGGGGUGGAUGAAUACACGGCGGAGCCUGCAUUCAAGUUAGAACUGGAAGGAAAACCCAAACAGUAUGCGAAGAUUCAGUCGAAUCGAGUUAUUGAACAUAUUUGAAUGACCUCAACAAGGGAAAUCGGGAUGUGAAAAAGAGAGAGCAGUAUAAGACCUUGGGUACGUUCUUAUCACGGCACUUUCUUUCGGACGACAAGCGCGGCUAACAUCGGUACAAAACCGUACCUUUAGAAGAAUUUUCAGGUUAUCAUCUGCUGCAAUCAAAAGGAUCGUAUCUGCAGAUGACUGCUAAACCAUUGAAAUAAUUAAGUUUGCAAGAGCUCGUCCCGUCGACCUCUCUAAUCAUCUUCAAUCAGGUCUAUGGCUUCUCUAGUAGCCUCAAAUCUGUUACUAAUAAAAGAAGAAUGCAAACUUAAAUACUACGUGCAGGACCUGAGGACUCGACUUUGCAAGCAAUGACAAACCUAGGAAAGAUUCCCUGUGUCUCUGUGAUACAUAAACCCGGGGAAAGGAACUGUCUAAUUUGAUUCCAUGCCGACAACGAUGGUUUUGCUCCUAGAAGUUUUCGUCCUCAGCAGUGAUGACAUUCUCCGGCCAGUGCUCAACUUCUGAUCGCCAAUUAGAGAAACCUAGCCUAGGCAUUCCACCGCCGCUUCUCCGCUAAGU